GGGGGCCGGAGCUGUCCGGAGAUGCCGCAGGGGGAGGGUUCUCACGCCGCACGGGGCGGAGCCCUGGGACUCGGGGCGGGACGUGGAACCGGGACGGGUGGGACCUCCGAGCUGGUGCCAGUGGAAGGCGGAGCCCGGCGGCAGGGGGCGGAGCUAGGAAGGUCGGGGGACGGAGCCUGGCUCUUGAAGGAGGAGCUGGAGGAGGUGAAAGGCGGAGCCUCGGGGUCGGAAGCCGAGGGGGACGGAGCGCAGGCGCUGGGGGCGGGGCUUCAGCCGGUGAGUGGCGUGGCUACGGCUCCGGAAAAAGGAUCUAGUUCUGUCGAAGGCGGGGCUGCAGGCCCGGGGGCGGCACCGCGUCCUUCGAAGGGCGGUGCCAAGGAGUCAAGGGAGGAGCCCGGCCCGAGUAAUGGCCCCGGGCGUACUCGCGGGGGUGGUCUCCGUGGUGGCCGGGCUUGGGGACGCGGUAGGCCGAGAACUCCACCGGGAGAGGUGGUGUGGGUGGAGCGGGCUCGGCGGCCAGCAGACACAGGGCCAGUCUGGGUGCCCCGGAGACCCCCAAGGGCUCAGAGUUGGGGCGGCGCCUCGGGCGGAGGCACAGGACCAGGCUGGGGCGUAUCUCCCGAGGACCCGGGCUCCUCGGAGCCACCCAGCGGGGAUGUGUGGGUGCCUCGGGGCCGGCCCCCGGCAGCGGCCGCAGAGGUGUGGGUGUGCUGGGCCGGGGGCAGCUGGGUGUGGCGUGAGUGGGACCGCCCAGUCGGGGCAACUGCAGUGCAGCCAGAUAGGGUCUGGACUUUACGCAAAGGGACAGGUGGGAACUGAAGAGCGGAGGUGGGGACCGGGAGGGAGGGAAGGUAUGGGGGUGAGCAAAGGGGCGGGGCCCUGGCUGCUGUGGCCUCCCCUGACCCCCUCCCCCCGCUGCUGGGGUCCUCGGCCAAGCCCCCUUCUCACUGGACUGAAACAUGAGGCUGAGCUGGGUCCGGGUCCUGACAGUACUGUCCAUCUGCCUGAGCGCCGUGGCCAUGGCCACGGGGGCCGAGGGCAAAAGGAAGCUGCAGAUCGGGGUCAAGAAGCGGGUGGACCACUGUCCCAUCAAAUCGCGUAAAGGGGAUGUCCUGCACAUGCACUACACGGGGAAGCUGGAAGAUGGGACAGAGUUUGACAGCAGCCUGC